UCAUGGCCAGGGCAACGCAGGGGUCGAUCGGCCCCUCGCUCCAGGAGAAGAGCAUUCAGCUCCACACGCCCCAGCGUGGGGGCGGUGGAGGUCCGCCGCCAUCGCCGGGGACUUCCACACCUGCGGGCCCAGGACCUGCCCCUAGCACAGGCGCGCCGCCAGGGGAGACCGGCACGGUUGACACGGAGGACCUCGCGAACAUCAAGCGCCUGCUCGUGGAGGCGCAGUUCGGGUACAUCGUUGGGCUGGAGGACGGGAAAGAGUCUACGUUCAAGGAGGCGUUCUCCCGCUCGUGGGGCAAUCGCAAGUUAUCGCAGAUUGCAAGCAAGCUACUCGAGAAGCAGAAGAUCACGGGGCCCAAGCGUAAGGACGAGAAAAUAUCAGCGUUGUGGAAGUAUUACCAGAACCUCGCCUGAGGGUUUGCCGAGCCUCUCUUAGACGCGUACGAUGCUGAGGUCUAUGCUCCAAAGGUGGAGCGAUCUUUUGUGCAGAAUCAGUUCACGUUGUACAUGAUUUUUUCUGCUAGGAGAGGUAAUCGGUUUUUGUCGUGUACUUCUGUCGGCUGUGGGUCGCCUGUGUCAGUGAUCCUUGCCGUGUUUUUCUACGAAUAUCGUGGACUGAGUGGUCAGGCCGCCUCGAUCCUGUCCCCGACUUUCUCACAGAAGGUCGCAGGUUAUCCUGUUGCAGGUAUAUCCACCCUUGGGAUCUACGAGGAGAAUGGGAGGACAGCUGUCAGGACCGCCCUAGGCCGCUAACCAAGACUGGGGUUCCUUUCUUGGUUUUUGUUGGUCCUCUUCCCUCUCCGCUCGCUCCUCCUCCCUCCCUCCCCCUCUCCCUUUCCUUCCCCGCUCCCAAAAAAAAUCCCCACGUGGGAAUUGCCUCACUUGCGCCUGGGACGGUUUCUGGUGCUCUGGUGGGUUCAGUGUGUGAAGCACUGUCCUGCGCUUGGCCCCGACCUUGGGGGGUCUGUUGUCGGGCUCGGGUGCACCACUCUUCUUCCC